GCAACCUCCUCACGGCGCGACUGUUGGCUCGCGGUAAUAACUCGCCAAACGCGAACGUCUCUUCAGUUGCAUCUGAACGCUUCGGAAUACGCAUGUAAAAACAUUGGGACGGAAGAAAAGUUAGUAAGGAGAGAAUCUGCAGGGAAGAGGCUGAUGAAACUAUGGGGGGAGUGUCUCACUCGUUCCAUCAUUGGAAACACUAGCACGGGCUAAGACAGCCGCUGGACCCGAACCCGAACCGCUUCUGGAACUAUUUUACGCUGGCUGGGAAUAUAGUACAGCUUUAUUGCGCUUUGGCGAGAUGAUGCUGAUGAUGAGGAUGAUGAUAGACGUCCUGAGACUUCAAGCGCUCGCGCUCCUGUGCGCGUUACCAACCACACUGGCAGCCAAUAACUAUCACUGCAACGGGCCGCUCGUCUCGCCUCUUCCCCCCACAUCGUUCCAGGGCUCAACAUCCUCCUCUGACAGCCAGUCGCCGUAUUUAGCCAAACUUAACAGAAAAGACGGAGGAGGCGGCUGGGGUCCAGAACGGACAGACAGACAACGUUGGCUACAGGUGGAUCUGCGGGAAAGGGUCGAGGUCACAGCUGUGGCAACCCAAGGUCGUUUCGGAAGCCCUGAUUGGGUGACGAGCUACAUGCUGCUUUACAGCGACACGGGAAGAGCUUGGAAGCAGUUCAGACAGGAGGACAAUGUAGGGACGUUCCCAGGAAACACAAAUUCAGAUGGGAUUGUUCACCAUAAGCUUUCGCACUCCAUCAGAACACGGUUCCUACGGUUCGUGCCGUUGGACUGGAGUCCCGGGGGAUGGAUAGGCCUCAGAAUCGAGGUCUACGGUUGUGCAUACAAGUCAGACGUUGCCGACUUCAAUGGCAGGAGCUCUCUGCUGUACCGCUUCAAUCAGAAAUCCACCAGCACGGUAAAAGAUGUAAUCUCGCUGCGGUUCAAGAGUCAGCGUGCGGAUGGGGUUCUUGUUCAUGGCGAAGGGCAACGGGGCGAUUACAUCACACUGGAGCUACACAAGGGCAGACUGGCCUUACACAUUAAUCUGGACGAUGCUAAGACCCAUGCUAGGAGUGGCCAUGUUUCUGUGUUUCUGGGUAGCCUACUGGACGACCAGCACUGGCACACCGUUCUGAUCGAGCGAUUUAACAAACAACUUAACUUCACAGUAGACAAACUAACCAGACGAGUAAGGACAGGUGGCCUCGACGAUUCGCUGGAGGUCGAUUACGAGCUCAGCUUCGGAGGCAUCCCUCUACCUGGAAAGCCAGGCACGUUUUUAAGGAAGAACUUCCAUGGAUGUAUGGAAAACCUUUAUUACAAUGGAGUCAACAUCAUUGACUUGGCCAAGCGACGCAAACCUCAAAUCUACAGUGUGGGAAAUGUGACCUUUACCUGCUCAGAGCCACAGCUGGUUUCCGCCACCUUCCUGAGCUCCAGCAGCAGUUUCCUGUCACUUCCCGUGGACGGUGUGACGGACGGAACUGCGGAAGAGUUGUCCGUGACGUUCCAGUUCCGGACGUGGAACAGGGAGGGGAUGUUACUGUCGACCUGGUUAAGGAGAGAAACCGAGAGGCUCUUGUUGAUUCUUGUUAAUGGGCAACUGAGACUUACGCACCACAGAUCGGCACUGCAAAGCUCGGACAUAGUCAUUGGUCAGGCUCUGAGUGACGGCCAAUGGCACGCGGUGUCCAUUAGCGUGGGUGGACUGCAGGUGUCUCUCUCUGUGGACGAUGAGGCGGCGUCCACCAUGCAGCUGAAAGAGAGCGCGCAGCCCGGGAAGAGCGUGUUAAUUGGAGGUUGCCCACCAACGUUAGCCAAUCAGGGAUGUCGGAAUCCAACAGUGACCUAUCAAGGCUGCAUACGUUCUAUUGUCGUGAACAACCAUCCUAUCAACUUGUACCUGGUACAGCAAGGCCUGCUGGGAAACUACAGCAAGAUCCAGUUUGACAUCUGCGGCAUUCGCGACCGAUGUCUUCCCAGCUACUGCGAACAUGAGGGGGAAUGCUCUCAGUCCUGGAACACGUUCUUCUGCGACUGCUCGGGAACCGGGUACACGGGAGCCACCUGUCAUAACUCCAUCUUUGAACCCUCCUGUGAAGCCCACAGGCUUACAGGAAGUGCCUCGGGCUUCUUCUCCAUCGAUCCUGAUGGAAGUGGACCGCUUAAAUCCACCGUCGUUUACUGCAACAUAACCGAUGACAAGGUUUGGACCGUAGUUAAGCACAACAGCACAGAGAUGGUACGAGUUCAAGGGUCGUCGCCCCAGAAGCCUCACGUGAGGACGCUAAACUACAGCGCGACUCUGGAGCAGCUCCGCACGCUCGUGGCCAGGUCUGAACAGUGCCAACAGGAAGUGAUGUAUCUGUGUAGAAAGUCCCGCCUCUUCAACACAUGGGAUGGGACGCCCUUGUCCUGGUGGCUGGAUCGGGCAGGCGAGAGAAGGACGUACUGGGGUGGAUUUCUCCCCGGGGUCCAGCAAUGCGCCUGCAGUCUGGAUGAGAACUGCAUCGACAUGAACCAUUUCUGCAAUUGCGACGCUGACCGUAGCUCAUGGGAAAAUGACACAGGAAUUCUGUCCUACAAAGAACACUUACCAGUGACCGAGAUCUUGGUGGGCGACACAAAUCGUACGGGGUCAGAAGCGAUCUACAGGGUGGGAUCUCUCCAAUGCUACGGUGAUAGGUUCCUGUGGAAUUCUGCCUCCUUCUACCAGGAGUCCUCAUACCUGCACUUCCCGACGCUCCAGGCCGAGCUGAGCGCCGACAUCUCGCUCUAUUUCAAAACAACGGCACCUUCAGGAGUCCUCCUGGAGAACCUGGGCGUGAAAGACUUCAUCAGACUGGAGCUCAGUGCGCCCUCUGUGGUAACCUUCACGUUUGACGUCGGAAACGGUCCUGUGGUCUUGACGGUAAAGUCUCACGUGCCGCUGAACGACAAGCAGUGGCAUUACGUACGAGCGGAGAGGAACGUGAAGGAGGCGUCGCUGCAAGUAGACCAGCUGCCCUUGCGCUUCCUGGAAGCCCCUUUUGAAGGCCACACCCACCUUCAGCUCAACAGCCAGCUGUUUAUUGGAGGCACGUCCUCAAGACAAAGAGGGUUUCUGGGAUGUAUAAGGUCAUUUAACAUCAAUGGGAUGACCCUUGACCUCGAGGAACGGGCUAAAAUGACUCCAGGUGUCAGUUCAGGCUGCCCGGGACACUGCAGCAGCCAAAACAGCUUGUGUCAUAACAGAGGAAAGUGUAUAGAGAAAAGCAGCGGCUACGUUUGUGACUGCACACAUUCGGCCUACGGAGGACCCAACUGCAAGAAAGAAGUUUCCGUGUCCUUUGAAAGCGGCUCAUCUGUGACCUACACCUUCCAGGAGCCUUUCUCCGUGAUGCGCAACCACAGUCGGCAGUCCUCUGCAAUCUACGCCCAGAACAGCAACUCGCGAGAGAGCGUCGCCUUCAGUUUCCUCACGACUCAGACGCCCGCCAUGCUUCUGACCGUCAACACCUACCAUCAGCAGUACAUGGCUGUUAUUCUGGCACACAACGGGAGUUUGCAGAUCUGGUAUCGGCUGAACAGGGAGAAACAACCGGACGUCUUCACGCCAGCGUCUGUUAACCUGGCCAACGGACAGCUCCAUCGAGUGCAGAUCCAUAGAGAGGGAAAGGACAUGUAUGUUCAGAUUGAUAGAGAUACCAGUGUAAAAUACAGCCUGUCAACGGACAAAGAGUUGGUCACGAUAAGAUCUUUGACAUUGGGGAAAGUCACAGGCAGAGCUGGUCUAGAUGAGGAAGUGCUUCAAGCCGGAUCGAGAGGUUUCAUUGGCUGUCUUUCGUCGGUUCAAUUUAAUCAUUUGGCUCCCCUCAAGGCAGCCAUUCUGAAUCGAGGAAGCUCAUUAGUCAGCGUCCUCGGUAAUCUGGUCGAGUCGAACUGUGGCGAGCUGGCGGAUAAAUCUUCAUCCAGAUCUUUAUCAGAUCAUGCAGACACUGGAAAAAAUCUUCCAAACGCUGGACAAAAUGACUCGGCUGUAAUCGGAGGUUUGAUAGCAGCAGUAGUUCUCAUUACCCUCUGCGCCGUGGCCGUGAUGACCCGCUUCCUCUACCGCCAUCGACACGACCGUACCCGGCAGAUGGCUACGGUCAAGGAGAAAGAUCACCAACCCAGGCCAGAACACAGGUACCGGGCCGAGCUGGAUUUACACAGCGCCAUGAGAGACAGCAGGAAAGAGUAUUUCAUCUGACCUGUGACAUCAAACUUCACUUGAGUCGCUCUGACCCUGCCUGUGACGCCAACUCUGCGGACAGCAAGUGGGAAUCGACUGAGCCAAGUGGACACAGCCAGUGCCCUUCACCUUCCCAACCACUCUCAUAGCAUCCAGGAUUCAGGGAAUAGAUAUUACUAUUACAGAUAUUAGUGCCCUUAAUAGGCUCCCAGGCAGGGCGGGUGGUCAGAAUUGAGGAUCGGGAAUGUUGGUACUGAAACUAAUACACCCCCCGUGCAACAGAGGCAAGGACCGGAUAACAUUGCCGCAUAAAAACGAUGACGGAUAUCUGCGACAAGCAAGCGGGAUUAUGGUGGAAAUAAACGGAUUCGCUUCGUCCUCAACGGAGUCUUACUCGGCAGAGUUAAAAGAUCAGGUGGCUUCAAAGCUCUGGAGCUUUACACAAACAUGGCCUUCAGCCCUCCGCUGACGAUGGAGAAACAAACGUUUGGAGCGACUCUCUUUUGCUUCUAGGGCUAAUUAUUUAACCACACAACAAAGAGAUUACAGAGGCGUUUGCGCGGACAAGCGAGUCACUCUGGCAGACAAACAAACGCUCGGUAUGCGGGCCGUGAAAAUCCGACCGGCUUUGGUGUUUUAUUAAUCCUACACGAAGUGCGAACUCGAUGUACUGAUGCAAAUAAAGAGGGUGAUGUUACCAGUGAGCCUCCUUCACGUCCUCUUUUUUUAUCGCAUUCAUGUUGCCUUAUUUGAAGACAACAUGAAAUGGCAUUCACAACGUCUUUCGUUUUUGUAAUGUGAGCUAAUUUUAAAUGAAGUGAUGACAUUUAUUAUAUAGAUGAGUAUUAUAGAUGAUUUAUUCGGUGAAACGUAACGUAGAGCGGGUCUAUUUAAUCUAUUGAGAUUUGUUAUUGUAAUGUUAUUUUCGCCAGUUUUAAGACGCACCAUUUUUUGCACUGAUGUAUCAUAAUAACUCAAUGAAACCAGCUACAUUUAUUAAGUAAAUAACAUCUUUUUUGAUUUUAUAUCGAAUUUAAACUCGCUCAUGGAUAUCUUUGUUUAUUGAACGUGUAGGCAUUAAUGAUAUAAAAAAACUCAAUAUCAGGGUCUAUGUGCGCAUAUCCUUGUCUUCUGCAGAAGCAACAUUUCUGUCAACCUAUAAUCUUGGUUGAUAGAAACGUUGUAAAUAGGUUGCAAAUGCAACAAUACAUCCUAUUUACACAACGGCUCUAAUAUAAUGUCCCUAUGAUUCCAGAAAACAAUACAGUAAAUUACAUUUGUGUCAUAUUUUACUGCUGUAUACCACAGGCUGAGCAGAAAUGAAAACAAGGUUUUUUGUUUAAUCACCGAUGAAUAUCGGGUUGCAAUGUGCAAGCAUCCCGCAAUACGCUUGUAGACUGUAAUAAUGGGAAUUUAUUCUGGCUGGCUCCUGGUUUUAAUGCUUUACUGCGUUCUGCACGAGUAAUGGAGUCGAAAUAUCAUUCACAUCCUGUUAAAAGUUGCAAGGCCUUUCCCGUGUGAUCCUCAAAUGCAUCUUAGAUCAUAUUAUGAUUUCCUCUUUGCUGACAUACCGGCAAGAGAUGUAAUCCAAACAUAAUUGGUUCCCGGACUGAACGUGAUAAAAUAAAAAAAAAAACCAGAAUAGCACGUGAAAGGGUCAAGAUGUACAGAUCCCUCCGAUGAUACCCAGUGUGAAGCUUUAAGGCGUUAUCUAAUCAUCGCCCCACCCAACCCCCUCGUUUGUCAUUUCCAGUGGAGUCGGGACAAAGAAUCAGUAAUGCUAGAUAUUUAUCUAGCCGUGAUCUAUGUAAAUGUCACUCCUGCAGUGGCACGGAGAUGAUGGAUCCUCUUUCAAACAGCCCUGGGCUCAGAACCGAGUCCGGUGUACAGCUAAAUCCAUCUCGGCGUAGAUAAACACCAGCUGGAACGACCGGUUUCUCUCAAUAGAUUACAGAGGUAGUGAAUCUCUCAGCUCAGAUAUUAAUACUUCUGAAAAUGACGCAAAGCCAAGGAAGCUUAUUCCCAACAACUUCAACAGCUCUGAGGAGUUGGAGAUAUGAUGUUUGUCUCUUAAAGCACAGUACAGACUGAAAUAGAUAAGUAUGGUUUGUCAAUGCAUUAUAAAAUAUGAAAUUGUGUUUGAUAAACUAAAAAUGGCCAGUGAAGUUGAAUAAUGGGCAUCAUAAUAUAAGGAGGAUUUGAUUGGACGAAAUGCAGUGUAGUGCAGGAUGAGUCAUCAGUGUUUUUGGUUUAAUUUUAUAUGUGUGUAUAUCAGUCCACACAUGGAUUAAAAUGCACAAAACCUUAUGCCGUUGAUUUCAUGGGAUAUUUAAGAAACAUCAGUUGUUGACGUUUCUACAAAGUGUGAGUUCACAAAUCCAGUCAUGACCCUUACGAAAAUUAACCAAGGUUAUUUUGGGAACACUCCACUUUUUGAAAAUAUGCUCCCCUAGAGUUAAACAUUUAAUUAUUAACGUUUUGGAAUCUAUUCAGCUGAUCUCC